ACAUGAACUAUCCACCCAGUGCGCUCGGCGUGAUUGACACACUCUCGGGUUGCUUUGUGCGUGGAUAUCGAGUGGCUCACUGCUGCAAACUGCCCUGAAAAGAAGAGAAAGCCAGGUCCACAUUAAAACAGUUCAGCUCCCAGACCAAUGCACGCGUUUAUAAGUGCCAAGCAGCCACGUAACGACAGAGUUUAUGUUAGCUUUGAGCUAGCCAGGGCUAGCUAGUUGAGCAGCGGUCAGUGCAUGGCUACGCAGAGACCAGUCUUGACUCUCUCCCACGCAGACUCUUGACAUGGGGAGUAAAAUGUCCUUCAGCAGAGGGAGCAGUGACCAAAAUAGAGUUUCUGAAUUAACAUCUGUGACAUCGCAUCCUCGUAAUUCCUUUCAUGUUUCUACGGACUGCAAACAGAUACCUGAAGGCAAGAGAUGCAGUGAGGAAGACCUGGACUCCAGGUGGGGAGAGGAAAUGAAAGCAACAGACCUCACUGAACCUCCACCUGAAUCUCACUCCCGCAAAUCUGAUGGACCUGCUAACACUGAAACAGGCAGCGAAACAAACUGGCAACAGAGCAAGCACAUACCGCCAGAUGUAGGGAUGGAAGCAAAGUCUCAAAUGACAUCUGCGAGUGUGUGCAGCUCCACGACAGAUAGUCAUGGACAGCCUGUGGAGGUUCGCAGAAAAAAACGUGGGCGCCCUCGAAAAAUCAAAAAUGUGUUGACUGAAGAUGAAAAAGAAACAGAUUCUGCUGGUCUUGAUGAAGUUCAACAUAAGGAAGUCAGCACUACAAUACCGUUGCCAACAUGCUUAGAAAACCACAACAGAGAUGAUGUGCCUAACACCGUAGAUGGUCCCUUAAUCAAUAAUUUACCUCAUAAUGAGAUGUCUGGUCUUCAUACUGUUUCUGAUGGCAAACCAGAAGAGGAUGUCCCUGUGUUGCCAAAAAGAAGAAGAGGAAGACCAAAAAAAACAGAAAUAGCAGCUUUUAAAAACAUGGUUGCUAAGGCUGCUGCUGCCAGUGCCCCUGUUGCUCCUUCUCAUGCUAAUAAUGUUAGUGGUCCUGCGCGGAGACUGAGGAGUAGAGGAGAACAACACCCUUUGACACAAGAUGGAAAUACUGAAUCCGAGGUUAAGGUACACCCAAAGCAAACUGAAAUUUCUCCUGCAGCAGCAAGUAGUUCAAAAUUUCAAGGUACUAAAAGAAGAAGACCUAAGUUGCAGAUUGAGCAGCAAAUUCCAGCUAAAGUUUCCAAACUUGACGUUUCCCAGGAGGCUUCGCCAGUGUUGAGCAAUGACACGGGCUGUGGGGAGAAAGUGGAGACAGAUAAGCAGGUGGAAAUGAAUACUGACAAACAGGAGGCUGACACAGAUGGAAAGGGAAGUCAGCGCUCCCCGCAGUCUGAAGAAAGACAACAACAGCAGCCAAAACUAAAGGAAAGUGCAUUACCACAAAGAAAACUGCGUUCCCAGCCAGCAGCUGAGCCUGAAGUUAUUCCUUCAGAGUGUACAAACAGUGCAGAUUUGGUAAGCCCCAUUCAAAGUGAUGACCCAGAAAUAAAGCAGUCAGUGGACAUGAAUGGCAGUGGGGAGUCACAGUCACAGAGCAGCCUUGACUCUCCAAAGAGCCCAAACCUUCCACAGAAUACAGAGCCUGGUACCACUGAUGUUGUAAUGUCCUCUGAACAACCACCCAAACCUGUUGAGAUCCCCUCUGCUGUAAAAGUGGAGAAUAUAGAGGUAGAGGUGGAUCAUUUAAAUCCUUUGUCAAAGUCAGAUAAUCCCACACCUUUACAACACAGUGCCAGCACUCCAGUUAAAUCUGAGGGUCCAAACAAUCGGCAAAAUACUUUCAGGCGCAAGAGAGGCGGCAAGAGAAGGAGGAGAAUAAGCAAUGUUUUGUUACAAAGAGAGGAUAAAGGCAGCGGUGACACCCAACAAGAAACAGACUGUGGUGACACAAACAAGGAGGCCACCUCAAAUGUCUUGUACACCAAAAAAGGGGGGAAAACUCUGUUGAAAUGUGGUUACUGUGGUCGCACAUUUAAAUUUCUGUCUCAGUUCAUUAUCCAUCAGCGCAUUCAUACAGGAGAGAGGCCUUUUAAAUGCCCUGAGUGUGGCAAAGGUUUUAGCAAAAAUUCCAACUUAAAUCUUCAUCUCAAGACACAUAGAAAGAGCAAUAUAUAUCAAAAAUGUCCAUAUUGCAAGAUCAAAUUCUCUUGCUCUGAGUAUUCAGAUCACAUGAAGAUGCACGCUCAUCAGCUGGACCAAGACGCUGAGAUCAAUAAAUCAGAGACACGGAGCAGAAGCAACGACCGUGCCAAGAGUCAGGUACAUCGCAGAUCAGUUUCCCCAGAAAAGAGAGAAAGUAAAGUGUGUCAGUACUGUGGUAAAACGUUCCCAUUUCAGUCUGCCCUCAUAAGACACGUGCGUGUCCACACGGGGGAGAAGCCUUAUAAAUGUGAUAUAUGCGGCAAAGCCUUUGGUCAGGCGUAUUUCCUUCGUGUGCACGAGUUGACGCACUGGUCUGUGAAGCGUUACAACUGCACAGGUUGUGAGAAAUCAUUCACUCAUUAUAGCAAUGCAAAAAAUCAUACAUGUAGACCUUCACGAAGCGGUGACGACUUACAGCCCAGCAGACAGGCAGCAAAGCCUUCACUAACAUACACAUGCCACAUCUGCAAGAAUGUUAUCGACAAUUUACAGGAGUUCAACAGUCACAUGAGAGCCCACACUGGUGCAAAGCUUUAUCGCUGUUUGUAUUGUGACAAGCUUUUUGGUGUGCUGUCUGAAUUUAAUGCCCAUCACAGCCAAUGCAGAGGAGAGAGAAACGCCUCGAGUUCUACAAUCAAGGGGGAAGAGACAAUGUCAUUAAUACAGUACACAGUGCCCGCGCUUAGAUGUUCAACAGGACACAAUUCAGCCUCCAUCACAGCUGAAAAUAAUGAAACACAAAAAAAACAGUCCUCACAGAUUCGCCGCAAGAAACGCUUUGCUAACUUAAAGAAACCGUUCCAGUCAACAGUCAUACCAGCUCAUCAUCUCUCACAUUUUGUGUCAAAGUUAAACAAACUAGAUAACCGAUCGGACCCCAGGAAAUAUUUAUGCCCAAGCUGUGGGCGGCUGUUUAGACACAUGGGCAGACUCCGAGCCCACAUGCUCACUCACGCUCGUGGUCAGAGUUACACUUGUGCCUGUUGUGGUAAGACCCUUGAGAACUGGAAAAAACUGUGGCAUCAUCAGAGAAUCCAUCGACAGCGGCGCGGCCGCUUCAUGUGUCCUCAGUGCGGUGAAGGGUUUCGAUUUGUGGAGCCUUACAAAAAACACAUGAGCGAGCACCCGGAGUUCCAGUGGAUUCAGUCGAGGCCCAAGAAAGUGUUUCUGCCUUAUCAGUGUGAGCAGUGCAGAAGCAGCUUUAAGACUUUAGACUUGCUGUUCAGUCACCAGCUUUGUCAUUCCUCAACGCAAGACAUGCACAAGGACACUGAUUUCGAUUUAUCGAUAGAUGAUCAAUGUACACAACCUAACAAGAGAGUGUUUAGCCCUUCCACGAAUAACCAUAUAGCAACAUUACGUCCUGAGGCUGAAGAAGAAAACUACAUCCCCGUGUCAUCUGUCCAAACUGACAACUCUCCUCUGAGCCCCUUAUCCAAAUAUCCAGACCCACUUCCCCAAGAGUCCCCUCUGGCACCCAUGAUUUCCUUUGUCCAACAUCAGGAUCUUGAUUUGGGUAAAACUGCGCAGCAUUCUGUGAUCCAAGAUAAAGAAACCAGUCAUGACAGAACAGAUGAAAAUGCAUUUGAAAAACCGAUUACACCUUUGAGAACUGUGAAAAGACACGUAUCCCAAAAUGCCAGCAUAUCAAAUGAAGGGUCAUCAGAAGGUGUUAAGUGCGCUGUGUGUGGUAACGCUUAUCCUGCCAUUUCAGACCUUUAUCACCAUUAUUUGCAGCAUGCCAGAGGCCAGGUGUAAUAACCUAAAUGGAGAUACUAUACCCCUUUCAUAUGUACAUCAACCUCCUUACAUUGUUUAACACAGGGGUCCUCAAUUAGAAAAUAUAGAAAUCUUGUCUGUUACUUGCCUGGAAAAGUUUAGGAAAGUGAAAUAUCUCAAAAAAAUAUUCAACCAGUCAUGAUUGUCGGUUUUCAAAUUUUAAACAAAUACACUGAAUGUACAAAAUAAUAGGUACACUUUCUGUUUUCAUGAUGUUCAUAGAUUAGGGAACUUCAUGUAGAAACCACUAACCUUUCUUUAGUUUCUAAACUUAAAUGUCUAAAUCAGAGCAGAGAUGUAGAUGCUUUGUACAUUCAGUGUAUUAAUGCCUAACCAGAAGCAGCCCUGGUGUCUCAACACAGAACGUGUACUGUAUGAAAAUGAAAGUCAGAGUUUGAUUAGCAAAUAUUUAUACAUGCGAAAUGACCACUGAAACAUUUUGAGCCCUCAUUCAUGCCCAGCAUCCCAAUGGUAUCUUUAAUUUAAAACAGGAAAAAUGCAGUGCACAUCCAGCUCAAUUUGAUUACAGGACAAAGUUGGUGACUAAUCAGAGGGAUGGAGGUCACACUGAAAUAAUUUAUAAACUUUUUGUUGCUGUAAAAGCAAACCUGGCAAUGAACUUUGAAUCACUGCAGCAACAAAUUAAAGAGUUUCUUUGUAUUUCAUGUUUAUUUUAUCAUGUUUGUCCAUACUUUUAUAGCCAUUUGGUGAGUAGUAUAUGUAUACCUCAUCAUGAUGCGUCUAUUUAUUAUAUGACCUCUGUGAAUUUAAUAUCAAACGCAUGCAUUUCAAAUCAUGUGGAUCUACAUGUUCAUUCAAGGCAAACUGUUACUCAAAAUGUUUCAGAGGAAGUGAAAUGUCAUACUGUCCAAAAUGUUACUGAUUCAGAAAUCGCUUUGUUAUGACCUACAACAGGUGCUUGGGUCAGCAUUUUGUAUUUGUAAUUUGAACAUGAAUAUCAGCUUUUGUCAUGCACAUGUUCGCUCUGUUGUGGAACACGUGUAAUAUUUACACGCAAUGCUAAAUUUUCCAGAAAAUACACUAACAAACACACAUUCCACACCUGCAGUAUUUAGUGUGAAAGGUUGUUGAAUGUCAUUGUUCACUGCUUUUGAAAAACUACACUUUCUGUGCUUUGAUGUCAGGCCUUUUGUUGGAAUCAAAUGACAUUUCAAAAGAUGUUUCCCAGAUGGACACCCUGUUGUGUAUAUAAUUUUAUGCUAUAGUUUGUCUUAAAAACAAUAAAGGUCACUUUUGUAUUCA